AGGAAUCGUGUUGUUCCCAAAAGGCAAAGUGGGGGACUUCUCAGUGCACGCCCAAAGUUCUAAACGAACGAGCAGACCAGCUUGGAUUGUCAAAGCGUCGAACUCGUGUAGCGGACCAUCCGAGAUCGUUUCACUUGGAUCCUACGGUUGUCGUACGUAGAUUGAAGUGCAAGUUUCCAGGGUUUAGAUACGGUAUAUAACACUCGAGGUUUUUCACCUUUUACGAAUCAGAUAAACCGGAAAAUUUCCGGUCACCUUUUGGCAAUCCAUUCCCUCUCUUUCCUCUCUGAAGUUUAAAACCUCAGAGAAACCCACAAAGAUGACCGGCAAUGGAGGGGAAGGGCCAUCACCGCCCGCGGCCAACGGUGGCGAAUUUCUCCUUUCUUUGCUCCAGAAGCCCCAACAGCAUCUUCAACAACAACAAUCUCCAUUAUUCUCGAGAGCGACUCCCGUGACUAUACCGCAACCGCAGCAACAGCAACAGCAACAGCAACAACAACCGCUCGUCAUCGAUCCUGCCGUUGCGGCAGUGGGACCCACCCUGCCUUUACGGCCAUUGUGGCCGUCGAACGGACGCGAUCUCCCUGGUCUCUGGCCUCAAACCCACUCUCCGCCUUUGGCUCCUAAUUUUCUAGGGUUUCCCCUAAGCCCUUGGUCUUCGCCGGGAAACCAAUUUGCCGGUAAUCAAGGAGCUUUAAUGGAUGACUUGAGAAGGCUAGGGUUGUCAGGGAUCGAUAACAAUAAGAAUCACGUGAUCCAGAAUCGGGUUCAGCAAAAGCAUCAAGAUCAAAAGCUCGUCUUUGGUUCUUUUCCUAGUGAUAUUCAAACCCUUAAAACCCCGAAGGGUUUACCAAAUGGGAAUUUGCUUGAAAAUUCGAAGUUGAACUUAUCGAAUCAGCAAUUGGACUCGCGACUUAAUUCUAAUCCAAAUACGAGUCCAUACGUCUUUCAACAUCGAAAUUCUGGUGAUAGAGGAAAGCAACAACAGCAUGGUGGGAGUUACAGGCCUACCCCCUCACCAGAAGCCCGAAGAUCGCCUCCAGGGUUUCUAGGAAAGCCCAGAGGAGGAGGAGGAAAUCGGGAUUUCGGAAACAGGAGGAGGCAUUUUGAGCAUAAUGUAGAUAAAGCAAAAGCUGAAUACAGUCAACUGAGUAGUGACAAUGAGGUGGGACUUAGUGGACAGCUUGAUCGGCCUGGGCCGCCUGCGGGGAGUAAUCUGCAGUCUGUUUCAGCGACUGAUAUUGAAGAAUCUCUUUUGGAAUUGCAUAGUGAUGGUGGUAGAGAUAGGUUUUCAAGGCGUGACAAGUUUAGGAGGGAAGAUGGUGGUGAAGUGGAUGAAGUUGGGGAACAGCUUCUUGAGUCUUUGUUGAUUGAGGAUGAAUCUGAUGAUAAGAAUGACAAGAAGCAGCAUCGUCGUGAGAAGGAAUCCAGAAUAGAUAACAGGGGGCAAAGGCUACUUAGCCAGAGGAUGAGAAUGUUAAAAAGGCAAAUGGAGUGUCGUAGUGACAUUCACCGGCUAAAUGCACCUUUCCUUGCUCUUUAUGAGUCGCUUAUACCUCCUGAGGAGGAAAGAGCUAAGCAGAAGCAGUUAUUGGCAUUACUGGAGAAACUAGUUUGCAAAGAAUGGCCUGAAGCACGGUUAUAUCUUUAUGGAUCAUGUGCCAACUCUUUUGGGGUUUCAAAGAGUGAUAUUGAUGUUUGUCUUGCGUUUAAUGAGAUGGACGUGAACAAGUCUGAAAUCUUGUUAAAGUUGGCAGAUAUUUUGCAGUCAGAUAAUCUUCAGAAUGUGCAGGCACUGACUCGUGCUAGGGUACCCAUAGUAAAGCUCAUGGAUCCAGCAACUGGAAUAUCCUGUGACAUAUGCAUAAACAAUGUUUUGGCUGUAGUAAAUACUAAGCUUCUACGGGAUUAUGCAAAACUUGAUGCAAGAUUACGGCAGUUGGCUUUUAUCGUGAAACACUGGGCCAAGUCCAGAGGAGUCAAUGAAACUUACCAAGGAACCUUAUCUAGCUAUGCGUAUGUUUUAAUGUGCAUUCAUUUCUUACAGCAGCGUAGACCUGCUAUCCUUCCAUGCUUGCAGGGGAUGGAGACAACUUACUCUGUCACUGUGGAUGAUGUUGAGUGUGCUUACUUUGAUCAAGUUGAAAGACUACGUAAUUUUGGAUCUUCUAACAAGGAAAGUGUUGCUCAACUGGUGUGGGCAUUCUUUAAUUAUUGGGCAUAUGGUCAUGAUUAUGCCAAUUCAGUAAUCUCUGUUCGUACAGGAAGCAUAAUCAGUAAGCAAGAAAAAGACUGGACGAGGAGAAUUGGCAAUGAUCGCCAUUUGAUCUGCAUAGAGGAUCCUUUUGAGAUAUCUCAUGAUCUUGGUCGAGUGGUGGAUAAAUUCAGUAUUAGGGUUCUAAGAGAAGAAUUUGAACGUGCUGCUGAUGUUAUGCAGUAUGAUCCAAACCCUUGCGUGACACUCUUUGAGCCUUAUGUUCCUAGUUAAUAAAAACCUUGUCUAAUGUAAACUAUUGGGUUGUGUAGUGUGUUCCUUUUCAUUCCAUCUUCA